AUGGGACGCACUUGGGUGAACUCCUGGCUUGAACCUCAGGUCCUUCCUGUAGGACUUCCUGAAAACAGCCGAGGGGAAAAGCGGCGACCGCCCGCCGGUGUCCUGCGCAGGGGGAUGGCCGUGCCCGGGGGAGCACUGAACCGCUCUGCCAUUUGCCACUGCCCUGGGGGAAAAGCCUUUGAGAAGAUGGAGAACCAGAGGGGAGUGCUCUUGGGAUAUGUCCACUGGGAAGAAGAAGAGGAAGGGGAGGAGGAGGAUGAGGUGGCUCCUGCUGCUUCUCCUUCCAGCCAAGUGAGCAAGCUGGAAGAUGUGCAGGUGGAGAUGCUGAAGAAGGCAAGGGAGCUCUUCCAGCUGUGUGACAAGGAUGAGAAGGGUUUUAUCACCAAGGUGGACAUGCAGAGGCUCCAGAGUGAACUGCCCCUGAGCCUUGAGCAGCUGGAGGCUGUUUUUGACAGCUUGGAGCAGGACAACAAUGGAUACCUGACCCCUGUGGAGUUCAGCAUGGGACUAGAAAAGUUACUAGGGCUUGAACUGGGUGGAGGAGCUGGGAGAAUGGAUCACUCCAGACAUGAGGAGACCUUUGAGUCAGGCUGGGCAGACGACUUGGAGCCAGCAGAUGAGGAAGAGAAACGCUUCUGUUCCAUGCUGGAGCAGCUGGGAGCAGCCCAGAUGUUUGAGGAUCCCCAGGAGCUGCGGGAGCUGUGGGCUCGGCUGCGGAAGGAGCGCCCGGAGCUGCUGGCCAGCUUUGAAGAGUUUCUGUUGCGUGUUUCCUCCUACAUACAGGAGGUGAACCAUGAGAAGGAGACAAUGGAACAGGCCUUGAAGAGGAAGGAGUCAGACCACGACCGGGAAGUCCGAUGCCUUUAUGAAGAGAUGGAGCAACAGAUCAAAGCAGAAAGGGAGAGGCUGAGCUGCCAGGAAGCUCUGAGGCAUGACAGGAGUAACCUGCUCCAGAAGGAGCUGCACAGCAAAGAGCAGGAGCUGGAGAAAAUCCUCUACCAUCAGAAGAAGCUGGAACUGCAGCUGCAGUCCUUGAGCUCGGAGCAGCUGGAGGCUCGAGUGCAGAACAAGAGGCUGAGGCACCUGAAUGAAAACCUGCUGGAGGAGCUGGAGAAGAGCAGAUGGGAGCUGGAGGCUGCCAAGGGACAGCUGCAGAAGCUCCAGAGAGAGGCUCAGGUUGAGCAAGAGCAGAAGGACAGGGAUGUGUUUAGAGUCUCCAAGAACAUGCAGAAGGAGAAGCAGAGCCUCCUCCGGCAGCUGGAGCUGCUCAGAGGGAUGAACAGGAGGCUGCGUGACGAGCGCGACGCCCUGCAGCCCCCGGAGCUGGUGCCUCAGAGCACCAAGCCCCUGCUGAAGAAGGGGCCAGUGCCAGGCAGUGCCCUGCUGGAGGAGGAGCUGCCCAGAGGACAAGUGGCCUCUGCGGACCUUCCCUUCACCUCCCCAGGGGAUGGGGCAGCAGAAGAACCCAACAGGAGGAGCUGCAGAUACUUCCCAGGCAGCAGGACGUGGCUGAAGGCAGGAGAAGGAGGCCCCACAGACCUCCAGGAGAAGAGCAGGGACAAGGAGAGAGUGGCAGCAGAGGCUGAGUGGUUGAAGCUGGCUUGGAAGGGGGAUGCUGGCUCUAGAAGUGCAGAUGGAUUAGAUGAUGCUCCAUUGCCUCCCAGAGGACAGCCUGUUGGCACUGAAACCAGACUGCAGGCCCUGGAGCCAGCCAGCUGUUCCCUAGAGCACAUCUUCAAGGUGGUGUUUGUAGGGAACUCUGGUGUGGGGAAGACUUCCUUCAUCCACCGCCUCUGCCACGGCAGCUUCUUGGCCGAGCUCAACACAACCAUUGGUAUCGACUACCAGGUGAAGAGCCUGAUGGUGGAUGACACCCAGGUUGCCUUACAGCUGUGGGAUACAGCUGGACAAGAAAGGUUCCGCAGCAUCUGCAGGCAGUACCUGCGGCGGGCGGAUGGGAUCCUGGUGAUGUACGACAGCACUGCCCAGGGCUCCUUCGCCGCCGUGCGCAGCUGGAUGAGCAGCCUCCAGGAAGGUAUUGAGGAUGGAGCUGUGGUCUUCCUGCUUGGAAAUAAGAUGGAUGCUGCUCAGAGGGAGCCCAGGAGUGUGCCCAAGGUGGAGGGGGAACGCCUGGCAAAGGAAUACCAAGCUGUGUUCUACGAGUGCAGUGCUCUGACUGGCUACAACAUCCUGGAGCCCAUGCUGCACAUGGCCAGGUUGCUGACAGCACAAGAAGACAGGCAGAGGGAGAGUGCCCUGCAGCUGGAAGAUGUCAGCAGGAAGAAAGGCUGCUGCACAUAAGGCACUUGGAUGUGUCAGCA